AUGAAAGUUAAGCUAGAAAAUUUUGAUUCGAAUGUUCACCAAUGGAAAUCUGUUGCGAAGGAUCCACUUCCGCUUAAAGCACACCAAUUCGACCCAGAAAAAUGCACACUUUCGGUUCUUGACCAACGACUACUUCCCAGCAGGAGCGUUUACGUGCCCAUAAGAUCGCUUAAUGAUGGAUUCGACGCAAUCAAGCAAAUGAAGGUCCGAGGUGCACCGCUGAUUGCCACCCUGACUUUGUUAGUGGAGCAGUCUAGAAAAAAUGUUAUAGGGGAUGUGGAAGGUUGUUUGAAGGAGUUGGAACAAAAUUGCAGUUUUCUUCUGAGUGCUCGUCCUACCGCAAUAAAUCUCUCAAAUGGAUUUUCCGAACUUCGGGGAUAUGCAAAAGGAUUGAAGGGAGCAGGAGUGAUAAAAUUGAAAAUUGGUAUUUGUAAUACCGGACAGCUGGCCACUAGCUCUUUUGGAACUGCACUUGGUGUAAUUCUGAUGCUACAUCGAUUAGGCCAUUUGAAGUUGGCGUUGGUGCUCGAAACACGCCCUUACAACCAAGGAUCUCGUCUAACUUCUUACGAGCUUAAAAAAGGUGGUGUGCCGUUCUUACUAAUUGCUGACAGCGCGGCAGCUGCUGCAAUUCGGCACUUUAAAGUGGAUGUUGCGCUAGCUGGGGCAGAUCAAGUAGCGUUGAACGGGGAUACUGCGAACAAAAUUGGUACUUAUUCUCUCGCUAUUUGUGCACACCAGCAUAAGAUUCCUUUUUUUAUCGUUACACCUGUGGCUUCAGUGAACACCAAGCUUGAAAGCGGAGAUGGAAUUCAUAUUGAGGAAAGGCCUAGCAAAGAGCUCACUCAUUGGGCUGGAGUAGCUCAUUGUCCAACAAGUUGUCCGGUAUGGAACCCAGCUUUUGACAUAACCCCAGGAAAUCUGAUCUCUGGUUUUCUUACUGAUCGUGGAAAUUUCUCAUCCGAUCAACUAUUAUCUAUAUUCAGUGUAAAUGGAGAAUCGAAUGGAGAAUCAAAAGAAAACUAA